CCGCCUGCUGAGCACGGCAGCGACUGUCUGCUCCUCGGCUCUGACUCAUCCUCCCGGCGGCGCAGAGCCCCGGCCGUCGCCAGGCUGCAGCCCUGCAAUCUGUUGAUAACUCUCCUCGCGGGCUCGGGCGCGCGGCCCCUGGGAUGGAAAACUGCUCCCCAGACCGGGGAACUCGCCGCGUCUCGCUGCCAACGGGAAGCACAGGACCACGGCCACUCCUGCUGUUUUCGCCAAAAUAGAUGGGGGCAGCCCCUCCACCCUCACCCGCCCCAUCGCGGUCGCCCGGGGCUCGCCCCUGUGGCCGCUGCCUGGGACCUUGACCUUCCGGACGGCCAUGGAGGCUGGCGGGGAGCAGGGUGCGACGUAAUUGGCCGCGCCGUGGGCACCGUCUCCAUCCCCUGCUCACACUUCAGUAACUUUGCUGCUCUCAUGGAUUUGAGGACUGUGCUGUCCCUGCCCCAGUCCCCAGGGGAGUUCCUGCACCCCGUGGUGUACGCCUGCACGGCCGUCACGCUGCUGUGUCUGCUGGCCUCGGCCAUCACCUACGUUGUCCACCGGAGCGCCAUCCGGAUCAGCAGGAAAGGCCGGCACACGCUCCUGAACUUCUGCUUCCACGCGGCCCUGACCUUCUCCGUGUUCGCCGGCGGCAUCAACCGCACCGAGCACCUGAUCCUCUGCCAGGCGGCGGGCAUCGCGCUGCACUACUCCACGCUCUCCGCCAUGCUGUGGAUCGCGGCGACCGCCAGGAACAUCUACAAGCAAGUGACCAAGAAGGCCCCGCUGUGCCCGGGGCCAGAGCAGCCUCCGUACCCCAAGCAGCCCCUUCUCAGGGUCUACCUCAUCAGCGGGGGGACCCCUGUCAUCAUCUGCGGUGUCACGGCUGCCACGAGCAUCAGGAACUACGGGAUGGAGGACGAGGGCUCCGCGUACUGCUGGAUGGCCUGGGAGCCCAGCCUGGGCGCCUUUUAUGGACCAGCGGCCUUCAUCGCCCUGGUCACCUGCGUGUACUUCCUUGGCACCUACGUCCAGCUGCGGCGCCACCCGGAGCGCAGGUACGAGCUUAGAGAGCGGACGGAGGAGCAGCAGCGGCUGGCGGGGCCGGAGGCCGGUCGGAGCCCCGGGGCCCCGCCGGGCACGCCGCCCACCCACGACGCCCUGGCCGCCUCGAUGCUGCAGAACGAGCACUCGUUCAAAGCCCAGCUGCGAGCCGCCGCCUUCACGCUGUUCCUGUUCGUGGCCACGUGGACCUUCGGGGCCCUGGCCGUGUCCCAGGGACACUUCCUGGACAUGAUCUUCAGCUGCCUGUACGGCGCCUUCUGCGUGACGCUGGGGCUCUUUGUGCUCAUCCACCACUGCGCCAAGCGGGACGACGUGUGGCACUGCUGGUGGUCCUGCUGCCCCUCCCGCGGGCACCCCCGCACUGCGAAGCUCGGCGCGCGCCCCGCACUCGAUGCCAAUGGGGACCUGCUGGGUCACGCGGCCUGCCUGCAGGACUCACCGUGUCCCAGCAAGACACUGGGCUUCGGCCACCCGCCAGCAGGCCACUGCAAGAUGACCAACCUGCAGGCCACCCAAAGCCACGUCAGCUGCCUCUCGCCGGCCACGCCCUGCUGCGCCAAGAUGCACUGCGAGCAGUUGAUGGAGGACGCGGCCCACGUCCACGUGCACGAGGAGGACGCCUUCGGGCACGACCCGCACCUGCAUAGGUGCGUCCAGGGCAGCACUAAGCCUCACUACUUCAGCCAGCACCGGGCGGCCGCGGCCGAGCAGGAGUACGCCUACCACAUCCCGUCCAGCCUGGACGGCAGCCCCCACAGCUCGCACACAGACAGCCCCCCCAGCUCGCUCGAGGGCCCAGCGGGGCCGCACUCCCUGGCCUGCUGUGCCCAGGGUGACCCCUUCCCCUUGGUCAGCCAGCCCGAGAGUGGCAACGCCAGCCCUGUGCUCUACGGCUGUCCCCCGCGGCCUGGCAGGGAGGCGGCCCGCGGCCCGGCCCACUUCGAGAUGCUCCGGAGGACACAGUCCCUGCCCUUUGGCGGCCCCGGCCAGAAUGGGCUGGUCAAGGGUGACUCACGGGACGCAGCGCCCUUCAGCUCCGACAGCACGGGCAACAUCCGCACAGGGCCCUGGAGGAACGAGACGACUGUGUAGUGGAUGGGGCUCUGUCACCUUUGCCCACGUGGCCUGGAUGUGCCUCAGAGCACAGCUGGGGCCUCUGCUACGUGAGAUGGGCAGGGGGUCGCCAUGGGACCCAGCCUUGGUGGCACCCCCGCCGACUCCUUCACUGUAAGGACCCAAGCGGGAAGACACAUUGGGCUGCGUCUGCCCCCACAAACUCCAAGGUCAGACGAGCCGUCCACAGCCACAGUCACCUGUUUUCCAUCCCAUAGUGCCCAGCCCCCGGCAGCCCAGGGCGGAGGACCUACCUUCAGUGCCCGGCACGUAGCCCGUCUGCCCCGGCACCUUCCUGUGACGGGCCUGGCCGCAGCAGGAGAGGCACCGAUGUUUCCUAAUGUCUGAUGUGGGUGUUCUGUUAAGGUUUGUUCCUAGGGGCAGGCAGGCAUCCUGCCGGUCAGUCCAGAGCGCUCUGGGAAGCUGCCCCAGGCUC